UUCAAAAAAUUAAAAUAAAAAAUAUUUAUAUGAAGAAAAAAAUAAAAUAUAAGAGUGCGCGAGUUAAAUCUAUUCUACUCCAAAUAUAUAUGUAACUAUUCGUUCGUGUUAUGUGCAUACGCGGCGGCGAUCGCUCGUGUAAAUAUGAAAAGUUUAUUUUAAAUAACAAUUCUUUGUUUCAAUUUUUGCGUCAAACCCGCAAAAAUGUCUGAAAAUCUAGAAAAAGUCAAAAGAAAAGGCUCUAAAACGUGAUAAAAAAUAUAAAAGCGAUGUUCAAAAGUGAAGAUUUUCAAAAAGUUCAACAACAGGCCUUGACGAUAUAUAUUCGAAAUAUACAGAAAAAAAUCCUAUAGAUAUUUUUACGCAGACGACGACACGUUGGUUGCUGACUUUUAUCAUAUACGUUCACACGCAAUAUAUGUUAUAUGUAUUAAGAUUAAUUGUAUACAUACAUAUUUAUACCUCACUCACGACGAAUAAGUGACUUCAUCCAUAUUCAGAAUGGCUGAUACAAGUGAGACACUCUCCCCGUCCUUAUUAGAAAAGUUAAAUAAGAAUAACAAACAGAAUGCCGCAUCUUUGAUGCACAAUGCAAAAUCAGCAUCUACGCUGUCUCAACAGAUGAGUACUACAGAAUCGUCAAAAACCAGCACAUCAACAACAACGACAUCACGCAUCGCAAAAACCUCAUCGUCACAACGAACGCAUCACGUAACGUCUUCCUCAUCGACAUCUACAAUCUCCUCAGCUGAAGUAAAGGCGACGUCAGCUGCAUCAGCUGCCCGCAAAUUUGCCAAUAUGAAAGGCUCAAUUGAUAUUGGAAAAGCGCGUGCAGGAAUACCAGAACUCAAGAUGCCUGAUGGCGUUGAUGGACUUGAUGAACUGAAGAAAAAACUCAAAUCGUCUUUCGAAAACUUGGUUGAUGAUGUUGUCGAUGUAGAUGAUUGUCCCGAACCGACAAUAACAUUUCCAUCAGAUGGUAAUACGCCUGAAAAUGAAUUAAAUUUGGCGUUGUCGCCCGAAAGUAUAGCUAUAAGCAGUUCCGGAGGAAUUGAUACAGUGAAAAUUGAACAAAAACGCAUGACAUCAGCAUCCUCGAAGAAAGUUGUAACAGAUAGUUUUAGUACGGAGGAAGCAACGUCAAAUGUGGCGAAUUUUAAACAGAUACAAGCAAAUGACCUCGAAUAUAAGGAAGAAAUGGCUGCAUCAGCUGUAAAAAAUACAUUAGAGAUCGAUGGCAUGAAAGCCGAAAAGAAUUCUGCAUUAUUACAAGAACAACGUUCUCUCAAGGCGGGUGAAUUUCAAGCACAAGACUCCAACAAUAUCGCUGCGGCAAGCGUGAAACUCUCGUCAGACGGCUUUAGCGCUGAAAAACGUUCGAUUUCACAAGCACAAGCCCGUAAAACAGUAACUGCCGGCAAAAUUUUCAACAAAGAAGAACACACAUCGUCGUCGUCUCAAUCGAAAAUCACGUAUUCCGGCACAAGUAUGAUCACAUCUUCGUCGCAAAUGAGUACACAUUCCCUUGUGAAUGGUAACAUUAAAGAUGAGGAGUUUAUCGAUACGUUCCGCGAUCUCGAACAAGUGUCUGGCGUCACGAGUCAAAAGGAUGUUGAACGCGCAAUCUCAAAAUACACAAACACAUUAGAAUCGUACAUCAAGUCGAGUAAUAAGGAGAGUCCAACAACUUUAGAUCACAUUAACGAUGUUAUGCGACGAGCCUGGGUUGUACCGCAAUGGGGGCACGAACUCGGUUUGUCGCUUUGCAAUACGCUUCGAUCGAGCGGCGGUUUAGAUUUGGUGCUGAAAAACUGUUCGGAAAACGACAAAGAAUUACAAUUUUCUUCAGCUCGAUUGCUCGAACAAACGCUAACGACGGAAAAUCGCUCACAUGUCGUUGAAAACGGUUUACGACAAGUUGUAAAAGUUGCGUGUGGUUGCACAAAAGAUACGAGAGCUGAUAGAGCACGCGUUGGAACAGGAAUUCUCGAACAUUUGUUCAAGCACAGCGAAGGUACGUGUUCCGACGUCAUAAAAAUGGGAGGAUUAGAGACUCUUGUGUCGGAGUGUCGAAAGAACGACGUGGAAAUUUUGAGACAUUGUUCAAGUGCUCUUGCAAAUCUGUCGUUAUAUGGCGGCGCCGAGAAUCACGAAUCUAUGAUCAAGCAAAAAGUACAAUUGUGGUUGUUCCCGUUAGCGUUUCACGAAGAUAACAUUAUAAAGUAUUACGCAUUGCUAACUAUUGCUGUUUUAUUGGCAAACAAGGAAAUCGAAGCAGAAGUCAUAAAAUCAGGUACUCUUGAAUUAAUCGAUCCAUUUAUCGAUAAAUGGAAACACCGUCCUGCGGAUUUUGCAAAAAAUUCCGCAAAUCACGCUCAUGGUCAAAGUAAACAAUGGCUACAGCGUCUUUUGCCCGUACUCGGAUCAAAUCGCGAAGAAGCCUGUAAUCUUGCUGCAUUUCACUUUUGCAUGGAAGCCGCCAUUAAAAAAGAACAAGGAAAUACGGAAAUUUUCAAAGACAUUAAUGCCAUUGAGCCUUUAAAGAAAGUUGCGAGUUGUCCAAAUGCAACAGCAUCUCGAUUAGCGGCACAAGCUUUACGUCUCAUCGGUGAAGAAGUUCCGCACAAAUUGUCACAACAAGUCCCAUUAUGGACCCCGGAAGAUGUGCGUGAAUGGGUGAAACAAAUUGGGUUUAAUUGUUACGAAGAAAAGUUUUUCGAUUCAAAAGUCGAUGGAGAUUUGUUACUUCAACUCACAGACGAUAAUUUGCAACAGGAUCUCGGCAUGACAAAUGGUAUUUGGCGAAAGCGUUUCGAACGUGAAUUACAAAAUCUCAAAAAAAUGGCAGAUUACUCGUCGAAAGAUACUUCCUCGAUACAUUCAUUCCUCGCGAGCAUUGGGCCUGAGUUCAUACAAUAUACGUACGCGAUGAUUAACGCAGGCGUCGACCAAAAUUCCCUCAAACAUCUCAACGAGGAUCAGUUAGAGUACGAAUGCGGUAUUAAGAACAGCAUUCAUCGUGCACGCAUCAUUAAUUCCCUCAAAAGUCUCGAAACCAAACUUUCAAUGACGCCCGAAGAUGUCGAAAGCAAGUGUUUGGAUGUCUUUGUCAGUUAUCGACGCAGUAAUGGAAGUCAACUCGCGAGUUUAUUGAAAGUUCAUCUACAACUGAGAGGAUUUUCCGUAUUUAUCGAUGUCGAGCGAUUAGAAGCUGGAAAAUUCGACAGCAAUUUGCUUCAGAGCAUUAAACAGGCGAAACAUUUUCUUCUUGUGUUGACACCGAGUGCAUUGGAGCGAUGUUUAGAUGAUUAUGAAUGCAAGGAUUGGGUUCACCGAGAAAUUGUGGCAGCUUUGAAUUCCAGCUGCAAUAUCGUACCAAUCAUCGACAAUUUCACAUGGCCCGAGGCAGAGCAACUUCCGGAUGAUAUGCGAAGUAUUUGCAAUUUUAAUGGUAUCCGAUGGAUUCACGACUAUCAGGAUGCGUGCGUAGAUAAAUUAGAAAGAUUUUUACGUGGCGAAAUGUCGAGUAGGAGUGAUAUACAUCGUAAUGCUUUGGGACGAGGAGAUGCAACGCCCAAUACGCCGGGAACAGCAGGCACAAAUCGCAUUCAUCCGCCAUCGUAUCAACGCAUGGGUAGUACAGAUUCUCGGGGAAGUGACAAGGAAAACUUCUCAAAAAGCUCUCAAGAUUGACUACUUGACCCCUCCGUAUC